AUGGCGUCCCGCAAGAAAAGCAUAUCCUUCUCCACCGAUAUGGUGACUCUCGGGUUCGGCAACGACAAACAAGAAAUAGCUAUUCACAAGGAGAUCCUCUUCGAAUGCAGUAAGAUUGCAGACUACUACGCCGAGGUGUCGUCUCGUUUCGGAUGGGAUGACCGGACGCUCGUUGAGAACACACUCGUUUUGCCAGAAGUCAGCAGAGAAACUGGAAAUCAACUAGUCAACUGGCUCUACUUUGGCACAUUGCCUUACAACACCUCAGACUUGGGAAAGCUCGGCGGAGAAGAGGGCGUUAAAGUGGGCACCGAGAUUGUCGAGGCUUACAACGUGGCACUAAAGUUCGAGAUGGAAGACUGGGCAAACGCACUCGCGGACGCCUUCAGUGCUCUCGCCCUCGAAGAUAUGCCGUGGAUCAAGUACGCGGUUCUUUUGAAGGCGGUACAGCCGAACGACGAAGGAUUGAGAGGACUAGUAUUGACAUGUCUUGCCCUGGCUAUCCGACGCGCUGGCUGGGAGAUGUACACCACUGAAGUCAAUAAAGAGUUGGUUGAUACCGUCAAAUUAGGUGGUGACUUUGCCGUCGAGUUGAUGAAGUACUUGCUGGACACCGAGGGUGGCGUACCGAAGCGAAAGAAGAAGAACUGUAACUGGCAUGUGCAUACCAAGACCAAGAAAUGUGGAACUUGA